AGGCUAGGUUCUCAGCUCUUAUAAGGCGGACUCCUUCGAUCGCUUUGGAACUUCCGUUUGAUUCUCGUAUAAGAUUGGGUUUUGUCAGAGAGAUUUACCAUAGAACAUCGUAAAUUGACUUCAGUGAAGACUCCCAGCUCGAUUUUGAAGGGUUUGCUUUGAACUUGAGAGGAGCUCGAAGCCACGAUGCAAGCAAUCAAAUGUGUGGUUGUUGGAGAUGGUGCCGUGGGUAAAACAUGUUUGUUGAUCAGCUAUACCACAAACGCUUUUCCGGGGGAGUAUAUUCCUACGGUAUUUGAUAACUAUUCUGCAAAUGUUAUGGUUGAUGGCAAGCCUAUAAAUCUUGGUUUAUGGGAUACUGCUGGACAAGAGGACUAUGAUCGCCUUAGACCUCUCUCUUAUCCACAAACUGAUGUCUUUCUAAUAUGCUUCUCAUUAAUAAGUCCAGCUUCCUUUGAAAAUGUUCGAGCAAAGUGGUAUCCAGAGGUAAGCCACCAUUGUCCCAACACCCCAAUCAUCUUAGUUGGUACAAAGCUUGACUUACGGGAUGACAAGGAAACACUCGAGAAACUGAAAGAGAAGAAGCUGUUACCUGUAUUGUAUACCGAUGGCUUAAAAAUGACAAAAGAAAUUAGUGCACAAAAAUACCUCGAAUGCUCAGCUCUUACACAGAAAGGACUGAAAACAGUUUUUGAUGAGGCAAUCAGGGCAGUCCUGUGCCCAACAAUUAAGAAAACAAAGAAGAAAGGUGGAUGUCUACUGCUAUAAAUUAAAGACCGUAGCUUUGGGAAAACAACCAGACAACAUGUUAUGUGUGGAUAUUUCCUUGGUUUGGUCUGUUGCUACACAUUUCAAGUAAUUUGUCCUGAAAAAGGAAUUAUUAAUCUUUUCCUAUUAGUUUAUAUUGAAAUGAGAAAACAAGUUGCUAUCAUGUUUUUUGAUGUUCACUGAGUGGCAGUGUCAACUGGGUACAUGAAGUUUAUUUCUUUUAGUUUUUUGAAGGGUACCUAGAUAUAUGUAGCUUUUGAUAGGUCUUCAUGGAAGUGAUAGCAUUCUUGGGCAAGGCUCAAGAAAGCAGAAACAUAAUUUUCUAAUUGCUCUACAUAGUGAAUUUGUGAUGUGAAUGUAACAAUCAACUUUCAAAUAUUUUUAUGGUUUGAAGAUAAUUCUGUUCAUUUUGUUUUCCACAUGUAGUGUUAGAAUGAGUGCUCAGAUGUAUGUUCAGUGAUAAUACAGCUGUUAUUCUCUGUUGUUUUUCAAGUUUUAUGUUCCUCCUGCACCAACCUUUUUGUCCCUUCAUUUGGAAUUUUUCUUUUAUCACUAGAAAAUAGCACGCAUGACUGUAUGGCUGGCACUGCUUUUACAUGAUUUUUCCUUAGGAGAAUAUAUGAGAUUUACAUGCAAGUUUCUUCAGACUGAUUGUUAUCUUAAGUCUGCCAGCUGUGUAGGCUAGGGCUUGUGUUUUGUAGUUAUUAGUUGACAGGGUUCUUGUUUGAUAAUUGAUUUUGUCUAAUGAGGAUUUAUUGAAGUGCUUUUCGUAGUGUCGAUGGGAAGGUGGGUGAUCAUUCAGUUUACUUUGUGCAUGGAGAGCAAGAGAAUGAGGCUGGAUCCCAUACACACUGGCAAGCAGCGCUUGCUCUAACUUGUUUACAAACCCAAUUCAUGCCAUUGUUAAAUGGAAAGCUGUCAUUACUUAAAAGCACAGCUCCUUGUUAGUUUAGUCUUUUACAUCUCCUCUAAUGAUGAUUUUUGCAUUGGGUUUUGUGAGUAAACUGUGAAAAAAAUGAAACAAAUUUAAUCUUUCAAAUUAUGAUUUUGAAAGUACUACAGUCGUGCUUGGGUGUAUCACUCCAGAGUCAGUAUAUUUUGAUUGUUUUGUUAUUGCUUUAGUUGAUUUAGGUUGCCAGCUGGAUAGCUUGGGUGUUGUUCAUUUGCGUAAAACUGUCGCUUUAGACACUUGUUAACCAUCCUACAUAUAUAUCGGAUUGAAUAAAGACCAUGUACGGACUUUGAUUCAUUUUCAGGGAUCAUAACAAGCUAAAUCCGAAUUUCCAUUUUGCUAGUUGUAAAUAAGAUAUGCCUUUAAAUGGCAUUAAGACAAGAACUGCUUUUUUGGAAUGGUCAUUUGAGGAGUUGGUCUAUUUUGAAGUAGGAUGUCUUGAUGUAUUAAGUUUAGAAGUGUGGAUAAUCUUCUCUGCAACCUUAUAAUUUUUUAUGUACAUCUAGCUCAUUGUUUAGGCAGUAACAUCUUGUGAAAUUCGUGUUAUAUUUCUACCUUGCAUUCAAGAUUUUGGCCUUAAUUAUGUAAUAAAAGAUCAAGAAAUAA